AAAACAGCCUGAGGCAAUAGUUCUGCUGUGCAGCAAGUUUAGCCCAAAGUCCAAAAAGUCCAGAGGCAAGCAGAACAGCAGAUUUUACUGCUCUGAACCAUGGAAGAAGUAAGAAUUCACCACUGGAUAGAUACUCCUGUACGAUAUGAGGAGAAGUUAUCAAUAAAAGAUCUCCAAGAUUGUACUCUGGAUCACACAUUAUUUGCUCUGCCAGGUCCUCAAUGCAGUGAUGGCAACAAAUCAACUGAAGUCAUGGAAGAAAAAGAAGAUGGACAACUAGACAAUCAAGAAGAAGAUACUAAUUUUAAGGUGUUGUUGGAUGUUGUCCAGUUCCGCUCAGAAGACAUCAUUAUUCAGGUUUUUGAAGGGUGGCUCAUAAUCAAAGCAGAGCACGGAUGCAGAAUGGAUGAACAUGGGUUCAUUUCACGGAACUUUACAAGAACUUAUAAAUUACCAAAUGGAAUUGGCUUGAACGACUUGUCUGCAUUCUUCUGCCAUGAUGGGAUUUUAGCUGUAGAAUGCAAGCAGAAGCAUGGACUGGCACUAAAGAUCUAGAAGAAUUCAAGUUAUGUCCUACAUCAAUCCAUUCUGUUCUAGAAUCAUUAAAUAAAUAUGUUGGGUUGUGUAGCAACUGUGUCAGAACUGUGUCAAAAAUGUUAAAUAUUUAUCUUUGUUUACAUUAUUUACUUUUCUUUUUAACCAACUAUUGUGUCCUUGUAUAAUCUUGUCUUCUGUAAAACAAACAAAUUAUUAGAAAUAAAGUGUAAAGAAAAUAUUUUCGAUGCAGAUGAGCAAUGAU